GCCAUCCGACGCCACCGUCGUAGAAGAAGAGGCUCCCAGCAUCAGCACCGUCUCCUCCUCCUCCUCAUCCUCCUCCGCCUCCUCCUCCUCCUCCUCACUGCGGAACAACGGCCUGUCGCCCCCUCGUCCUUCGAUAGCACGCCAUGGAUAACUCCGGCAAAGAGAAGGAGGCCAUGCAGCUGAUGGCAGAGGCGGACAAGAAGGUCAAGGCGUCCGGCUCCUUCCUCGGCGGGAUGUUCGGAGGAAAUCACAAAGUGGAGGACGCCUGUGAAAUGUAUGCCAGGGCCGCCAACAUGUUUAAGAUGGCAAAGAACUGGAGUGCUGCAGGCAAUGCUUUCUGUCAGGCCGCUCGGCUCCACAUGCAGCUGCAGAACAAACUGGACUCGGCCACCAGCUUCGUGGACGCCGGCAACGCCUACAAAAAGGCCGACCCUCAGGAGGCCAUCAACUGUCUAAAUCAGGCCAUCGACAUCUACACUGACAUGGGUCGCUUCACCAUUGCAGCCAAACAUCACAUCACGAUCGCAGAAAUCUACGAGUCUGAGCUGGUGGACAUCGAGAAGGCCAUCGCACACUAUGAACAAGCAGCAGAUUAUUACAAAGGCGAAGAGUCCAACAGCUCGGCCAACAAGUGUCUGCUGAAGGUUGGACACUACAGCGCUCAGCUGGAGCAGUACCAGAAGGCCAUCGAGAUCUACGAGCAGGUUGCCAUGAGCACUAUGGACAACCCUCUGCUGAAGUACAACGCUAAAGAGUAUUUCUUCAAAGCAUCACUCUGUCACUUCAUAGUGGACGAGCUGAACGCAAAGUUGGCCAUUGAGAAGUACGAGGAGAUGUUCCCAGCAUUCUCGGACUCCAGAGAGCUCAAACUGUUGAAGAAACUCCUGGAGGCUCACGAGGAGCAGAACAGCGAGGCCUUCACAGAGGCCGUCAAGGAGUUCGACUCGGUGUCGCGCCUGGACCAGUGGCUCACCACCAUGUUGCUGCGCAUCAAGAAGACCAUUCAAGGCGACGCUGGAGACCUCAAAUAGAAGACUGUUCCUGUGUUGUACAUAUCAGUCUGCAUGACAUCAUCACUGUACUAUGGCCCCCAACCUGCUCUGUUCCUGCAGUAUUGUACGACUGGACCGAAAGGAAACGCCUGAGUGUGUGUGUGUGUGUGUGUGUGUGUGUGUGUGUGUGUGUGUGUGAGAGAGAGAGAGCACGUGUGACGUCACUAAAUGGGAAAUGUGCAACCGAUAUCAGAGUUACUUAUAUAUGACAAAGGGAAGAUGUUAUUUACUAUAUUUACCGUCAAGAUAUUUAUUGUUUAUCCUGGUGCACAGUGUUACGAUUCGUCUGGAUAUUUUAGGUAUUAGCCCCCAACUCUCACUCUUUUACUCCUCACUACGUCAGUUGAGCCGGUGGCAUGGUCAUGUGAUCAGGUGGUCUUCCUCAUCUGUGUUCCUGACUUGUUUGUGCAUGUCUCUCGUCACCUUGGUGUUUGUGUUCUGUGUUGUGGGAUCUUGUAAGGAACAUUACGGUAGUCGUUUACCAUUUGUGUGGAUUCAAUCCAAAUGUACCUCUGAAAAUUACGAAUAAAAAAUUGCCACCGCA